AUGCUCUCUACUCUCAGACUCGCCAGCCGCCGGGCUGUGUCCCGCGAUGCUAGCGUACGCUCCGUGAUUGCUGGCGCUAGAUACGCUUCCACCUGGUCCAACGUUCCUCAGGGUCCUCCUGAUGCUAUCCUUGGUAUCACCGAAGCCUACAAGGCCGACUCUUUCAAGGAGAAGAUCAACCUGGGUGUUGGUGCUUACCGUGACGACCAGGGUAAGCCCUUUGUCCUGCCCUCCGUCCGUGCCGCCGAGGACAAGGUUGUUGCAUCUCGCUUCGAUAAGGAAUACGCUGGAAUCACUGGUAUCCCCUCUUUCACCAAGGCCGCCGCCCAGCUUGCCUACGGAGCCGACUCUCCCGUCCUGAAGGAGGACCGUCUCGUCAUCACACAGUCCAUCUCCGGUACUGGUGCUCUGCGAAUUGGCGGUGCUUUCCUCCAGCGCUUCUACCCCGGCGCGAAGAAGAUCUACCUUCCCACGCCUAGCUGGGCCAACCACAACGCUGUCUUCAAGGACUCGGGCUUGGAGGUUGAGAAGUACCGCUACUACAACAAGGACACCAUCGGCCUUGACUUCGAGGGUCUUAUCGAGGACCUCAAGGCUGCUCCCAGCAACAGCAUCAUCCUGCUCCAUGCUUGCGCUCACAACCCCACUGGUGUCGACCCUACCCAGGACCAGUGGCGCAAGAUCAGCAACGUCAUGAAGGAGAAGGGACACUUUGCUUUCUUCGACAUGGCGUACCAGGGAUUCGCCAGUGGAAACGCCGAUACCGAUGCCUUCGCACCGCGACAUUUUGUUGAACAGGGCCACAACAUUGCUCUGUGCCAGAGUUUCGCCAAGAACAUGGGUCUCUACGGUGAGCGUGUCGGUGCUUUCUCUCUCGUCUGCGAGUCCGCCGAGGAGAAGAAACGUGUCGACUCUCAGAUCAAGAUCCUCAUCCGUCCCUUCUACUCUAACCCCCCUGUGCACGGCGCCCGUGUCGCUUCGACCAUUAUGAACGACCCCGCGCUUAACAAGCAAUGGCUCGGCGAGGUCAAGGGUAUGGCCGACCGCAUCAUCGAGAUGCGUGCUCUUCUCAAGAAGAACCUUGAGGAGCUUGGCAGCAAGCACGACUGGUCCCACAUCACCAGCCAGAUUGGCAUGUUCGCCUACACCGGUCUCAAGCCCGAGCAGAUGGAGGCUCUUGCCAAGGAGCACUCCGUCUACGCCACCAAGGACGGCCGUAUCUCCGUGGCUGGUAUCACCACCGGCAACGUCAAGCGCCUUGCCGAGUCCAUCUUCAAGGUGACCGGUUAA